AUUUCAAUGGACCGUUGGCUUUUUGUUUUGAGUCCAAGAGACAGUGACGUCCGUCUGAGGAUGACUAGAACCGGCGUUUGAAAUCCUCAACUCAUAGUGAUGUUUUGUCUUCACAGGCCCUCGUCCAGACCGACCUCCCCCUGUGGGAAAAGACGUUCACCCAGUCCCACACCCAGCGUCUCUCCAAGAGACAGUGUGACUGAGGACAACUGGGCAGGAACAGGAAGUCCUGCAGGGAUCUUCAGUUCCCUUCUGAUGUCCAACAGCUACCAGGAGCUGGACGUCCCCUCCAAGACCAGGAGGACAUCUGGGAGCCAGCUGGUUCAUCUCCCUGGUCAGGGUCAAGGAGAUCUGGUGCUAGGACAUCCUCAGGACCCCUGUGAGGGACAAGAUCAGGACGGUCUGGCCGAGCUCUUCCUGCAGGUUCCAUCUCACUUUAGCUGGAACAAACCCACACCCGGGAACCCUCCUCUGUUCAGGCCCUCGUCCCCCCCUCCACUGGACUGGCCGCUGCCCAGUCAACACAGCCAGUAUGAGCUGAGGCUGGAGGUCCAGCCCAAACCCUACCACAGGGCCCAUUAUGAGACGGAGGGCAGCCGAGGCUCCAUCAAAGCAGCCACCGGAGGACACCCCAUCGUCAAGUUGAUUGGAUACACAGAUCGGCCGGUCAGCAUGUUGUCAUUUAUCGGUACCGCCGACGACCGGUACCUCCGCCCACACUCCUUCUACCAGGUCCACAGAGUGACUGGAAAAACAGUGACCACCAGCUGUCAGGAGAAGGUCCUCGGUUUCACCAAAGUCCUGGAGAUCCCUCUGCUUCCAGAGAACAACAUGUGUGCCAGCAUCGACUGUGCUGGAAUCCUGAAGCUGCGAAACACGGACAUCGAGCUGAAGAAAGGUGAGACGGACAUCGGCAGGAAGAACACCAGGGUGAGGGUGGUGUUCAGGGCGGCGGUCCCACAGCCGGACGCUCACAUGUUGUGGCUGCAGACGGUGUCCAUUCCUGUGGAGUGUUCCCAGCGCUCCGGUCAGGAGCUUCCUCAGGUGGAGAGCUUCAGUCCAAACUGCUGCUCUGUGGACGGAGGAGAGGAGCUGACCAUCACUGGGUCCAACAUCUGCUCCCAGUCCACAGUGGUCUUCAUGGAGAAGGGACCAGAUGGACGAUCACUGUGGGAGCUGGAGGCCACGGUGGUGUCAGAGAGGAGCAGUGGGUCCAGCGUCACAGUGGAGGUCCCUCCGUUCUACAAGAAGACCAGUGCUCCGGUCCAAGUCCACUUCUACGUCUCUAACGGGAAGAGGAGAAAAAGUGUGGUGCAGAACUUCACCUACCUGCCCAGGCCUGGAGCUCCUCGUCCUGCUGCUCCUGCUGCUGGACCUCCUCUGAUCAAGCAGGAGCACUGGAACCUGGACCACGUCUCCUACCACCCACCUGGACUGGGUCCAGAUCUGCCCUGUUACCCUUCCUGCGACCCCCCCGGACACUCACAGGGUCGGCCCUUUCACAAACCUCCUUGUCUCCUUCCUCCCCCUCUUCCAUCCUCUGCUCCUCUUCAAAACCCUCCAUUGUUUCCUCAGCCCUCAUCCUUCUCCUCCACUCCCUCUCAAACAUCCAUCCUGUCUGCCCAGUCCUUCAGCCUCCCUCCUCAGAUGUCCACGCUGUCUCCUCCAGCGCCGUCUGUCCCUCAUCAGAGCUUCACUACACUUCCUUACACCUCCUCACUGUCCCCCAGUGGCUCCCCCACUGGUCUACGCAGAGCACAUCCAGCAUCUGCCUACGUCACCUCCGCUCAGCUCCAUGAUGAGCCUGUGCUGAACAUCAAGGAGGAGCAGCAGGAGCAGCCCAGUCUGAGGUCUUUGGGUCUCCAGGAGAUCACGCUUGACGAUGUGAACGAGAUCAUCGACAGAGACAUUGGCAGCCCACGCUCUGACCACUCUGACCAGUACCAGCAGUACCAGCAGUCCGACUGGGAGCACAGGUCCACUGGUGCUGCUGCCACCUACUGUGGAGGAGCUCCACAAUAAAAUCAGCAGGAGAAACACCGCCGCUGUGUUGGCGCCACCUGGUGGGCUCACGCAGCCUUUUGGGCACGAAUGACGAAGCCGACAAUCAGCGCAUCAGAUCAGACUGAUCAUCAAGUGCCUGGAGAACCAAUCAGAGGCCUCACACUGAAGUUUCCACUUCUGUCUCAGGAAUUUUAGGGCUUGUUUCAAAACACGUACUAGUACCAGGAACAAGAAAAGGUACCAGAAACUACAGGGACAGCCAUAGGGGCUAGAACCAGACGAAGGCACUGGGUCAGCUUAACAGUGAGUCCUGACCAUCAGGUCCAGAGGUCCAGGAGACCAUGAGUAGACACAGAGACCAACCGCAGUAAAACUGAAGGUUCAGGUCUCAGUGUCAUGGUCUAAGACUUUAAGUCUUUGACUUCGUGGACCCCCCUCCCUCCCUUCUGUCCCUGAAGUGUUGUCCUCACCCACCUUUCUUAUUGUUCAUUUCUAAAGUGCUCUGGCGUCACCUGGGUGAGGGCCACACCCCCACUUUGAGAACACUGACAGUCUGAGUCACCAAAGAAGCACUGGAGUUCAGUCCCAGUCUCAGACAGAGUCCAAGUCCAAGUCAGGAUUCAGGUCUGUACCGUAGACUAAGAAAAGUAGAGUUAGGUUUGAGGUCCAAAGUCUUCAGUGUUCUGGACCAAGUCACUGUGGAAUGAACCAGGUCUCUGGGCCCUGUAGAACUGAACCAACACCUCCUGACCAGUCACUGGUUUGUUCUCAGAACCAAUGUGUGCGUCUUUGUGGGACUCUUGUAAAGAACAAUCAGAACUAUUUAAUCAGGAAUCAUGGUAAUGGUUCCUGUUACUAACAGCUCCUGGUGCUAAGCGGUUGGAACCCAGCUUUAAAACCGGUACCUCAGUGACAAACCACAGGUUGUUGUUGUUCUGCAUUUUUUUGACGACACUUCAAUAGAAGGGCUGAAAAUCAUCUACAAAGUGCUUUAGUACCGACUGUUCCAGCAUUACUGUGCUCCAACAAUCAGUACCGUCACUGUUCCUUAUUUAUUGGCUGUUCAAAGAAGAAAAUCUAUUUUUGAUAGGGUUUAAAACCCACAACCUCCUCCUUUUUAACAUGUGUGUGGUUUGUCCCCAGACGAAUGCCGUCUCUGCUGUGAAGAAACAUGUACUACAGGUGAAAGUAAAGAAAAAUCAGAGCCU